AUGACCUUCGCCUCUCUUUCCGCUCUUGUUUUUGCAUUAGGCGCGGCUCUCCAGGCCGUCAAUGCCGUAACUUUGCCCCAGAAGCGCGCGACUUGCGCUGGCGGUCAAGUCACUGCCAACGCUGCUUGCUGUGUCCUCUUCCCAAUCUUGGAAGACCUUCAGCAGAACCUCUUCGACGGCGGCGAAUGCGGUGAAGAAGUGCACGAAUCCCUUCGCCUAACAUUCCACGACGCCAUUGGAUUCUCUCCCACCAAAGGUGGAGGCGGCGCUGAUGGUUCCGUCCUUACGUUCUCUGACCCGGAAGUCAACUUCCCGGCUAACCUCGGUAUUGACGAAAUUGUCGAGGCGCAGAAACCAUUCCUUGCAAGACACAACAUAUCCGCAGGUGACCUAGUCCAAUUCGCUGGUGCAUUAGGUGUUUCCAACUGCCCGGGUGCCCCUCGAAUCCCGUUCUUCUUGGGUCGCCCCCCAGCCAAGGCGGCGUCUCCAAUUGGCUUGGUCCCCGAACCGUUCGAUACCGUAACAGACAUUCUAGACAGAAUGGGCGACGCUGGAUUUGCUGCCGUCGAGGUCGUCUGGCUCCUUUCUUCACACACAAUCGCUGCAGCCGAUCAUGUAGACGAAAGUAUUCCUGGAACCCCGUUCGACUCGACGCCGUCCAUCUUCGACUCUCAAUUCUUCAUCGAGACCCAACUCCGUGGAACUUCCUUCCCAGGAUCUGGUGGUAACCACGGUGAGGUUGAGUCGCCCUUGGCGGGUGAAAUCAGGCUUCAAUCCGACCACUUGCUUGCCCGAGACUCCAGGACUUCCUGUGAAUGGCAGUCCAUGGUUGACAAUAUGCCGAAGAUCCAGAACCGUUUCGCAGCGACCAUGCUUAAGAUGUCGUUGCUCGGACAGAACCAGGCCGACUUGAUCGACUGUUCUGAUGUCAUCCCCACGCCCCCUGCUCUCGUAGGCAAGGCACAUCUCCCCGCCGGAAAGGUCCAGUCCGAUGUCGAACAAGCCUGUGCCACCACCCCCUUCCCAGCUAUCGCUGCCGACCCUGGUCCAGUCACCGCUGUCCCUCCCGUCCCCCCUUCGUAA